AUGUUUCAUUACUUGCCCAUGAUUUUGACGGCUUUCAGCCUCUUCACUCAGCUGUCACUUGUGCACGCCCAAGAUGCACCGUUAUGGGUCCAAGGCUCGUUUGAGGACGGUUCCGUCGCAGACGAGACGUACAACAGCGGUGGAUCCAUUACUGUGAAUGGUUUCACCAUGAACGUCCCGAAGAACCUUCUGGUCCAAUUCCCGGCAGCCUGGGUUCCAUGGAAGGACUUCAUCGCUAGCAAGACUGACUUUCUUGGAUUCGAAACAUUGGUCAUCGGGAAUACUGUCAACGGCGUACCAAUGGUUGCCCAAGUUCAAUUAUACGAAUUCUUCGAAGGGCUUGCCAGCGGGUUCAUUGAAUCUCUGGACUACGCAGAUGGAAGCAUGAAGAUUCAGAAUGGCCCAACCUUGCGCAUUGCUGAUCGCAAUGCGGUCUUCUCUGUGGGCUACACUGCGGCUCCCUUCAUGAAUGCAGAUGACCAGAGCCCCAGCAUCUCGGCUUUUUCUGGGUUUCCUAUGUGCAUUCCGCGAAACGACACCGACCCAUUCACUGCUCCAGACCCGCUCGCAAUGGCUCCGUUCCAGGUUGGGGAUUUCAUCACCUUUACCGGUUUCCGGCGAGGCAGCGAGGUCAUCGCGUUUAGUAUUGUUGCCCAAAAUGUGCAGAUUAAUACUUUGGGUGAUAUUGUCUAUCUCAGAAUGGAGCUAGGCCUGCUUGGUAUUGAUAAUCCGAGUCCAAAUGCGGAGAUUGCAGAGUCAAGGUUCAUUGGUUUCACAUCCAACAAUCGGGCUACAGUCUCUUUGUACGCAAUGGAUGUUGACCCCUGCACCGGCGCGGUCACGAACCGUAUCAUAGCUGCUGUGGGCUUGCGCGGUGGCAGAAAUGCUCAGAACAAGUUUGAAUACCGCAGCGAAAUUCUAUCACGCUAUACGCGCGAGUUUUUCGUCGUUGCAGAGAUCGACGGCAUUCCCAAAACUAUCGUGACGAAGAGCAACAUCACAGCAGGAACAUAUGUCCAGCCUGUCAAUACAUGGAUUCAAGGAGAGCAAGAUGUCCCCGGCGUGCCCCCAGUUCCCCAUGACUUUUCGCAGAUGGCAUUCUUAACCCAAGGAGUGGGUCCUGAUGCCGAUGGAAACAUCUGGGGGCCAAUCCAGCCAUUCCCGCAGACUGGUGUCAUUGUGAACCCUCCUCAAUGCAACGCCGUUGCCGAGACUGCUCAAUCCGAUACUGCCGUGACCUGUGGUUUCUGCCACUACGUUAAACGAAGUCUUAUCCUCGCACUUCUGGUCAUUUGGUGUCUCUGGUUCUGGACAAGAGACAGUACCGCUUCCUUGGACAACGCGCCCCCUUUUAACCAUGUCUCCUCAUCCACAUUGCAAAAUCCAAGCGAUCCGGACAAGCCGAAGCAAGGGGAGAUUUCGCUUUUUGAAAGCACGACGACACAAUCAUCCCCAAAGCUGAUUCAAGAAUAUGUGCCGCCAGAGUACCUAGCUCUUUCUGACGACCAACAACAAUGCGAAGAUAUAUAUGGCAACUCCUACCUUACGAACAUAGGCAAGACUCAACUACAAAACUGCGACAGCAACUCUCUCUCGGAGCUGCACUGCUUCUUCGGGCAACGUUUAUGGAAUAGAUGGGUGCCAUGGAAGAGAGACCCUCUUUGCCUAGCUCGAGGGGCCAAAUUUGCCCCUAACACACCAACCUUCUCAUCCGAAUACAAGGGCGCUGAGUUCGAAAUACAAUGCAAGCGACAGAAUAUUGAACAAGACUUGCUGAGCGACUACUGGGGAGACACAGGCGUUGGAAACACUCUCAAAACAUGGCAAUUUCAGGGGAAACAGGACAUAAGCAGAUGUAACAGAGAAAACAGUACCGACGAUUGGCUCAUACUUGUGCGUCGGGAGACCGGCGAUCUGCAAAACAUCUGGCACCAGCUGAUGCAGAUUUCUCAAGCCAGGCACACCAUCGAUGCGCUCCAGACGGCCGUUAACCCGAGGACCGGCGAGCCAUGGCUAUCUAGCGUGGAUGCCGCGCGCGUACAGGUGGUCUUCGACGACCAGCGUCAUCACGCCCUGGAGGAUUUGUGGGCAAUUGUUGGGAAAGGGCCUAUACGCACGAGCGAUCUGGUUCCUGGAACAUGUUAUGGCAACGUGAUUGUCCCUCUGCCAGGAUCAAGCAGCCCCUUCUGGUCUGCGUUGAUUGGGAAUAUGAAACAGGCUUGCUACAGGCAGACACUAUUGAACACUCUCGUGGAUCGUGUCUUCAACCAUUACGGAAUUGAGCCGCGGCCCUCGAGCGAUAUCCGUACCGACUUGACCAUUACGAUCAUCGAUAGGGCUGAAAAUCGCAAAUUUAUCAAUUUGGACCGCUUUGUUACCAUGCUGAGGGAGCGUUAUCCGAAUUUCAAUAUCGACGUUGUCGACUUCGCCACGAUAAGCUUUCCAGAUCAGAUCCGACUGGCCCAAAAAACGGAUGUAUUGGUUGGUCACCACGGAGCAGCCAUGACACACACGAUAUUCAUGGUUCCGGAGUCAGCCGCGGUCGAGGUUCUGCCACCAUAUUUCUUGCAGCGUGGCUUCCGCUCACUAGGACGCAUGCGCGGCAUUCAAUAUUUCACCGGACGAUGCAUGUGGAGAGAGGAAUACAACAACAUUACACGUGGUGACCCCAUUCCCGAAGGCUGGAGGCCACCUCAAGAACAUGAGGGUUGGCAAAAACGAGAAUGGACAUAUAUGUUAGAGGAUGACUUCUUGGGCCUGGUUGAUGCUGCGGUGAGGAGUCAAUUGAACCGGCUGAAUGAUGAUGAGAGACUGUCAUUGUCCAUGUCGAGUGUUGACGCAGGUUGA